CAGCCAGGCUGUAGAGAGCUUUAGUUAAUCAGAUAUGUUCACACACAUGAAUCUGACAGCAGAAAGCCACAGAAUCCCUCUCAGCAAUGGGAACCAUAUUCCAUUGCUGGGAUUGGGCACCUAUGGGGAUCCUCGAACGACACCCAAAGGCACAGCAUAUGAGUGUGUCAAGCUGGCCAUAGAUGUGGGUUACAGGCACUUUGAUGGGGCAUUGGUGUAUUUCAAUGAGCAUGAAGUGGGUCGAGCCAUUCGAGAGAAGAUUGCUGAUGGAACCGUUCAAAGAAAGGACAUCUUUUACUGCGGAAAGCUCUGGAAUACCUUCCAUCCGCCAGAGCUGGUGCGACCGGCCUUGGAGAGGACACUGAAAGCCUUAAAACUAGACUAUGUGGAUCUCUACAUCGUUGAGCUUCCUAUGGCCUUCAAGCCCGGAAAUGAAUACUAUCCAAAAGACAAGAAUGGAAAAUACAUCUACCACCACACAGACCUCUGUGCAACAUGGGAGGCUUUAGAGGCUUGCAAAGACGCAGGGCUGGUUAAGUCUUUGGGAGUCUCUAACUUCAACCGCAGGCAGCUGGAACUACUUCUCAACAAACCUGGACUCAAGCACAGACCUGUAUCCAACCAGGUUGAAUGCCAUCCAUAUUUCACACAGCCCAAGCUUCUGGAGUACUGUCGUCAGAAUGACAUUGUGAUUGUUGGCUACUGCCCAAUUGGGUCCUCCAGAGAUGCGUCCUGGGUGAAUGUGAAAUGUCCUCCCCUGCUGGAAGACGAGCUGCUUGUAUCCAUCGGGAGAAAGUACAACAAGAGCUCCGCCCAGGUAGCUCUGCGCUUCAACGCUCAGAGAGGAGUCGUCGUGAUCCCCAAGAGCUUCAGCCCUGAGAGGAUCAAACACAACUUCCAGAUAUUUGAUUUUUCACUCACUGAGGAAGAAAUGAAAGCCAUUGAGGCGCUGAACAAAAAUAUUCGCUUUGUGGAGCUGCUUAUGUGGAGUGACCAUCCAGAGUACCCCUUUCAUGAUGAAUAUUAAUGUUUUGACUGAUUCUUUUCAGCUUCUUUAUUUUACCCAUGAAGUUUGCACUGGUAUGUUUUCAAACUAAACACUAGAGGGCUCCAGCUAACAGAAAAUGAAAAGCUCAAAUAAAUGAAUGGCAUUAAAAAGAACAACAUACAGCUCAGAUGGAUGAUGACAAAGUUUUUCAGUUAUUGCAUGUGAGUUUCACAAAAGACUCAUGUGCAGCUUGUGUGAUAUCUGAAGAGAGUUUAUUGUUACUUACACCUGAUUUGAAAUGAAUUGAUGCACCUACUGCUGAUAAAUAAAGUUUGCUUCUCAAGAUA